UGCUCUCGUAUGAAGCCACACCUUUCACUGGUCCUUCCCUACCCAUGUCAAAUAUGUAAGAGCAGUAAACGGUAUAUUAUUCUCAUCAGAACUCUCAAAUCCUGCGCACCUGAAAUACCAAGCGUAAACCAUGUCUUUCACUGGAAAAUCAUACAGUAAGGUCCAAACAGUUACGACUUCAAGUACUGCUAAAGCAGUGGAGGAGAGCAAAAAGAAAGCAUCCCUGCUGAAGGACAAUAGCUGGAUCAGGGCAAAUGUGAACGAGGACAAACAAGUCGAAAACGACCCGAACUUUGGCAAAACUGUUCUGAGCCGUUACAAGUCCAACGAAAACCUUGUCAGCCCUCAAACUAGCAAAACCGAGAGCAAAACCACCACCGUCACCACUUCAUCGGGUUCCUCUGUCCAAGCUCUCUCCAAAAGAUUUGGUGGCAGCCAGGACAAGCUGAAUGAAACCAGAACCAUAGGAACUAAAACAACCGUAAGAACGCAGCCAAGGACAAGCACUUCUACAACAAUAAUCAAUGGUUCAAAGAUUACCGAGACAACCGUGUCCACUACAAAGAAGGAUGUGGUGAAAUCAGUUACCAAGUCUGAAACAAUCACUGAAAAAGGCCUGGCAGCUUUGAAGACCAAGACUUCUGGUGACUACAAGACUGAGGUCAUUACUGUGAAGUCAUCAAAAGACACUGUUGAUGGACCCCCUUCACCUCUUAAGACCACCACUAGCAUCAAAAGCUACACUGAGGUUUCACCGACUAAAACAACAUCAUCUUCUGUCCGAUCCACAAAGAGCACCGAGGAUCAACUGUUUGACACUCUCAUACCAACAUCAAUCAAGUCAAAACAGGAUAGCAGUGACUACAAGACUGAGGUGAUUACUGUGAAGUCAUCGAAGGACAUCAUUGAUGUACCAACUUCACCUCUCAAGACCACCUCAAGCAUUACAACCUACACCAAGGAGGAGGUUUCACCAGCUAAAACAACAUCCUACUCCACCAAGAGUGACUACAAGACUGAGGUGGUUACUGUGAAGUCAUCCAAGGACAUCAUUGAUGUACCAACUUCACCUCUCAAGACCACGUCAAGCAUUACAACCUACACCAAGGAGGAGAUUUCACCAGCUAAAACAACAUCCUACUCCACCAAGAGUGACUACAAGACUGAGGUGGUUACUGUGAAGUCAUCCAAGGACAUCAUUGAUGUACCAACUUCACCUCUCAAGACCACCUCAAGCAUUACAACCUACACCAAGGAGGAGGUUUCACCAGCUAAAACAACAUCCUACUCCACCAAGAGUGACUACAAGACUGAGGUGGUUACUGUGAAGUCAUCCAAGGACAUCAUUGAUGUACCCCCUUCACCUCUCAAGACCACCACUAGCAUCAAAAGCUACACUGAGGUUUCACCGACUAAAACAACAUCAUCUUCUCUCCGAUCCACAAAGAGCACCGAGGAUCAACUGUUUGACACUCUCAUACCAACAUCAAUCAAGUCAUCUUACACGAAACAUGAUGGCAGUCACGAGGAUGUAUCGGUCUCCAAAACCACCAGAACUGUGUAUUCAACCAAUGAAAGAAAUGAGUGGAGUACUGUCACAAGUCCAUCUUACACCAGAUCAUCAUUCUCAGAGAGCAGGCCCGUUGAUUACUUGUCUGACUCCUUCACAUCCAAAACCUCUACAACUGUGUACACAUCACCGGAAAGGACAGUGAGCUCAAAGGACAUUUGCACAUACUGCCAAAAAAACAUGUACACAGAUGAAAAGAUGAUUCUGGAAGACAUGAAUAUAAACUGUCAUGCACGUUGUUUCAAGUGUGGGGUGUGUAACUCGUCUCUGGGACACCUGAAGGCCGGGGACAGCUUAUGGGUUUACCGUCGUGCAGUUUACUGUGAUAAUUGCUUUAGUGUCACUAGAGGCAAAUGGAUCAGCUGAGACUACAUUUACCAUUCAUUAAGUGAUGUUAAGCAAUGAACUAGCCUUUAACCAAACUUUCCCAUAGCUGUGAUUUGGACUCGGGUAUAUUUGAAGUGCAUUUUUGGUGGUGGACUUCUGUCUGAUUAUAGACUUUGGGGCAUUUAUUAAUUGCAUUGAUUGCCAUACUUCCCUGAUGAUGUGACAAGCAUCUAAUCUAAUUACUAAAAUAAGAUGAACAUUUUAAAAUAAGAAUAAUCAUAUGCUCGUAUGUGAUGAUAAAUGUUUUACUUUGUGUUUUUAGUUGUUUAUUGUACUUUUUUUGUCACUAUUGUUAAUUAAAGAAUUAUAAGCUAUGAUGAUAAUAA